AAGGGGCGGGGCGCGGGAACCGCUGUCUCCUCAGGGCCCGCCCCCAGCCGGGGGCGGGGCGCAGAGCUGAGUUUUCCUCAGACUCCGCCCACAGUGGGGAGCCCGGCGGAGCUCAAGGUCAAGUUAGCCACAGCCCCCGCCCCAGAGCGAGGGGUCGGGGCAGGCUCGUGCUGGGGCUCCCCGACCCAGAGACACCCUCGCGUCCUGGGAGCACGCGUAGUCCUCGCCCGGUCCUCCCGUGCUGGGCAGUGCGUCGGUCGAGAGCCCCGGUUCGGCCCGGCCGAUCCCCCGGUCCCCAGCGUUCCUCCAGGCUUGCCGAGUGCCACUGUGGAGCCCGGCGGCGCACAGGCACGGUGGCUGCUGCAGGGGGUGUGGAUGUGCCUGACAAGAUGAAGAGCCGAAUCCCUGUGGUUCUCCUGGCCUGUGGCUCCUUCAACCCCAUCACCAACAUGCACCUGCGUUUGUUUGAGGUGGCCAGAGACCACCUACACCAAACAGGUGUGUACCAGGUGAUCGCAGGCAUCAUCUCCCCUGUCAAUGACAAGUACGGGAAGAAAGACCUCACAGCAGCCCAGCACCGGGUGGCCAUGGCUCAGCUGGCGCUACAGACAUCUGACUGGAUCCGGGUGGACCCCUGGGAGAGUGAGCAGGCGCAGUGGAUGGAGACAGUGAAGGUGCUGAGGCAUCACCACAGCGAACUGCUCAGAUCCCUGCCGCAGACGGAAGGCCCUGGUGACAAGCCAGUCUCCCCAGCCCCUGCAGCUGUGCCGGAACUGAAGCUCCUCUGCGGGGCAGACGUCCUGAAGACCUUCCAGAUUCCCGGCCUCUGGAGAGACGCGCACGUCCAGGAGAUAGUGGAGAAGUUCGGCUUGGUGUGCGUGGGCCGGGCAGGCCACGACCCUGAGGAGUACAUCUUGAAGUCGCCCAUCCUCCGAAAGUACCAGCACAACAUCCACCUGGCCAGGGAGCCUGUGCAGAACGACAUCAGCGCCACCUACGUCAGGCGCGCCUUGGGCCAAGGGCAGAGCGUCAAGUACCUGCUCCCUGACUCCGUCAUCACCUACAUCAAGGACCACAAGCUCUACACCAACGACAGUCCCUCGACAGGCAACAGCACCCCGAGGAACAAAGAAAAGACAAGUUAAGUGAGAUCCCAAAAGCCAGCUGCUGCUCCUCCGCAGAGCUCCUCCUGGGGAGAGGGCUGGGAUGGUUUUUGUUUUGUUUUGCCUUUAUUUGUUUUAUUUCUACAAUGAUUUUACUUCUGAGGAGUUCUCUGCUCCAGGGACGAUUCCUUCUUUGGGGAUCUCUCUGUCUACGUCUCAGGGAUAGACAUUUAUCAAAGAAGAUGGUGGCAGGUCAGAGGAUUAGGCAGUCUCUCAGAACCCCUGGAUGAAGAGGCCUAUUCAUUUCCUGCAAAUCGUUAAUUGUGACAAGCCACAGGGAGCGUGCACACUGGAUGCAGUUCCAGGCAUGGCAGGGACCCCGAGGGUCAUAUCAAAAUUGCCCACAAUGUGUUCUUCAACAUGCAGCAUGCGGCUCUUGAUUGGAGAGAUUUGACAGGAUGCUAAUUUUACCCAAAAAUGGGCUUUGUCUCCCUUUUUGCACACAGAAUAAUAUUGAGGAGUCAAAAACCUGGGAGCAGCACUUUGCUGAUUCACAUCGACUCUGCCUGCCUGCCUCCUGACCACUGAUAAAAUUUAAACUAAACUCUAAGGAGUGGUCCUCAAACAGUAUUUUUGAAACAGCGAUAUUUUUAAUACCACCGUCCUAUAAACGCAGAGCUCCUGAUUUCAGGAUUUCUAAAAGGAGCUGAGGUAGAACAGAUGCCUUGACUGUUUUAGAGGCUCUUUUUGAAUGUUUUAUGACUGCCUGCCUGUUUGAAUAUUGGCAAAGAGAUAAAUAAUAAAUUCACAUCAAAAAAGUCCUAAUGAAAAGUUUCUCUUUUUUCCUUCCUUUGUUAUAUUAUUAAUGCCUAACGUUUUUUUUAACGUACCAGCUGUUGCUCUUCUUUUUUAGCUACUCCAUGAAAUUUGCUACUAUUCCAAUCGAACUGGCAUGAAUUUAAAGGAUUCUGUUCCCGAGUAGUAGCCGUGAAGGAAGCAAUUGCUUCUCCGUAGGAUAACCAACGGUUUUCUAAUUUGAAGCGCUGGGUGAACGGCUCCUUUCUGGUGGGCCCUGGAAGAUGGGAACAGAAGCCUCGGGUGUGUUGAGGUCUUGUCACACCGGAUUAGGAAGCAGUUUUGAUUGACCUGAUUCUAUUUGGCUUUACUCUUUACAUAUGCUAACCAGAUGGCAUAACGCAUUCAGAAUUUACUUUCUCUGUCGUUUUGCCCUACAGAUUUACUUAAGCAGAAAAACAAAGGGCCAACCAGAAAGGAUCUAAUAUCCCCCCAAAAUAUCUCAGCGUUUGCAUGUGUGUCAUAAGGAGAUGAGUGAAUUAGGAAACCAGGGUUUUCGGAAUCCUGAGUGGUGGGACCGUUCUAUGGGGAGUCCCCACACUACCACCCCUGCAACUGCUAAAGCCACUCCCCACCCUGACUGACCUCUGCCCUCAAGAGGUCCCCGAAGAUGCUGAUAAUUCAGGGGACUAGAAAUCAAACAGCCUUGUCCAAAAGCUGCCGCCCCAAGCUGUGUGACUCUGAUUGACUCCUUUCCCUACUGUAAGCCUCAGUAUUCCUGCCAAUUAAGCCAG